AUGUUCCCUCCUCCCCCAGCAGAUCUCGACUGGAACGACAUUGGCUUCAAAGUGCGCGAAGAGUCCGUUGCAGUCAAUGGCCAUGUUGAAUGCCACUUCUCACAGUCCGGUAACGGCCAAUGGUCCGCCCCGCGCUUCGUGCACUCGCCAUACCUCUCGAUUCACGGCAUGGCCCCGGGUCUGAAUUAUGGCGUGCAAGUAUACGAGGGUCUCAAGGCCUUCCGACACUCCAAUAACGGGAAAAUCACCAUCUUCCGACCGAACCGUAACGCCAAGCGCAUGCAGCAUUCCGCCGAGGUUGUAUCCAUGCCGCCAGUUCCCGAGGAUCUCUUCCUCGACUGUGUGCGACUGGCUGUCGGUGCCAAUGCCGAGUUUGUGCCUCCAUUCGAGUCGGGGGCUGCCAUGUAUGUCCGACCGAUGCUGUUCGGGUCGUCUGCGCAAUUGGGGUUGAGUCCCCCGGAUGGAUAUACAUUCGUCGUGUUUGUCAUGCCCACGGGAGUCUACCAUGGAGUUCAUGCGGUGGAUGCAUUGAUCUUGGAGGAUUUCGAUCGUUCGGCACCCUUUGGAACGGGAGAUGCCAAGGUGGGAGGCAACUACGCCCCGGUCCUGCGACACAGCGAUCGAGCUCGCCAGGAGGGAUUUGGAAUCACCUUGCAUCUGGACAGCGCCACACGAAGCGAGAUUGACGAGUUUUCCACCUCUGCGUUCAUUGGUGUCCUGCGUGAUGGAGAUAAGAUCACCGUCGUGCUGCCAGCUAGUCGCAACGCGAUUGAUUCCGUCACGGCAUCCUCGGUUGCUGAUAUCGCCCGCAAUCUGGGCUACACGGUCGAGAAACGGCGAGUUGGGUACGAGGAAUUGAAUACAUUCGACGAGGUAUUUGCUGCAGGAACAGCUGCUGCACUGGUACCGAUCCGAAGCAUCACGAUGCGCUCCAAGGGUGACAAAUUUGAGUAUCGGACUGGAGACCAGGCGCAGGGUGGCGAGGUCUUUGGUAAGCUUUUGAAGACCCUGCGGGGAAUUCAGUCUGGGUCAACUGAGGACUCGAUGGGCUGGAACUAUGAAGUGUCUGCUCCUCCGAAGGAAUGGUUGGAAGAGGGUUCCGCGGAGACGGUUGACCAGAGUGGAACUACGGUACCCUGA